CUGUGCCCUUUCGGGAUGGCUGGAAACUGCCGUUAUGGUGAUCGAUGCCAAUCUCUUCAUGGUUUACAAUGUCCUUCAUGCCUCAAACUUGUCUUACAUCCUCAUCUUACUCCUGAAGAACAUCAACAAGUCCAUAUUAACGAAUGUUUUAACAGACCAAUUCAAGCUUUUGAUGGAGUUAGACCAGAAGAUAUUGAAUGUGGAAUUUGUUUCGAAAAAGUAUUGCUCAAAGAUGACGCUCGCUUUGGGCUAUUGAAUUGUGAGCACGCAUUCUGUCUUCAAUGCAUUCGCCAAUGGAGAUCUAGUUCUAAUAACCAGAACAAUCAAGUCAUUCGUGCUUGUCCAAUAUGUAGGACACCUAGCCAUUUCAUUACUCCAAGUACUACUUGGAUUACGGAUUAUGAUGAAAAACAAAGAAUAAUCAACGAAUACAAACGUAAAUGCAGUAACAUUCCGUGUAAACACUUCAAUUAUGGCAAUGGUCAAUGCCAAUUUGGAUCUUCAUGUUUCUACUCCCAUGUAUACCGUGAUGGAACAAAGGGAGAGAUUAACAUUCGCACGAUCCAAAAUGGUGAAGAAGUCAAAGUCUUGGAUAGUGUUCGAUUAUGGGAUUUCAUGGAAAAUUUUGCAGAAAAGCGUAAUUCACCUGUUAUUGGUGUUACUGCCACUAUCAGCUAG